UCUUCUUCUUCUUCUUCUUCUUCAUCAUACGCGCACACUGAGUCAUAACGCUAAUGGACUCGUUCUCUUUCACCACUGUUCCAUAGAGCAACUCAAAACCACGAAAAAAAAACAUGAAUCCCCGUUUUGCCCCUCUCUCUUUCUCAAUCCCUUCUCUUCGAAAAACACCUUCUUCUCUCAUUGGUGCUAACCACACCUCCGCUCGCUUCUGCUCCCGAUAAAUAAUACCACACAAAAAAAAUCCCCACCUUUUUUUUUUCUUCUUCUUUUAUUUCAAUUCAAUUCAUUUUUUUGUGAAUUUUUCUGGUUAUUGUUAUUAAUUUCUGUGAGAAGUGCACAAUUUGUUUCCAUGGAUCCAACCGUAGCGAAGCCUGGCUUUCUCAGAAACGUUCUGGUUCGGUUACUCCUCUUCGGCGUUUUCAUCGUCGUCGUACGGUUCGCUUACGUCAUCACCCUCGCCGGUGAGUCCUGCACCGUCGGCGACUUCUGCUUCUUCUCUCCGUCGAUCAACCUCGCAAUCGCCGGCACCAGAUCAGGCGCCCUCGCAGCGCGCGGAGGAGCCGCCGGGCCGCCGGAGCGCUAUGCCAGCAAGGACUGGAUCAACGGCGUCCGGUUCUACUCGUCGGCUUUCCAGGACAUGAUCUCCGGUGGCUUCCUCUCGCCGGCGGCGAAGGCGCUCUGCGUGGAGACGCCGACCGGCCGCGACGUCCUCGCGCUGCGCGAGAUCGGCGUCAUCGACGCCGUCGGGAUCUCGAAGAAGGCGUCUCCGCCGCUUGUGAAAUCCGGCGAGGCUCGCCGGAUUCCGUUCCCCGAUGGCUCGUUCGACUUCGUGUUCGCCGGCGACGGCGCUUUAGAAAAAUCGCCGCGGCCGGCGGAGUUCGCCGCCGAAAUCUCUCGGACGCUCAAACCCGAAGGGUUUGCCGCGUUCCAUGUAAAGGCCAAUGACACUUACAGUUACAAUUCAUUCGUUGAUUUGUUGAAUUUUUGUUGCAACGUGGUGAAAAUAAACGACAUGUUAGGGUUUGAUUCAUCCAUACCUCACAUAAGAGAGAUCGUGGUGAAGAAAGUGCGUCACACAAUUGAUUCUGAAUCCAAUUCAAACUCCAAUUCCAAUGGAAAAGAAUGCUCUGUUCCGGAGUACAAGGAAAAGCUGGUGAGAAAUGCAGAGGCUUUGAUUGAAGAGGAGCCACUGAAGCCAUGGCUGACUCUAAAGAAAAACGUGAAGAACAUAAAGUACCUAUCUUCAAUGGUUGAUAUAAGCUUCAAGGAUAGGUAUGUGUAUGUUGAUGUUGGAGCUAGAAGCUAUGGUUCCAGCAUUGGAAGUUGGUUUAGGAAACAGUACCCGAAACAGAACAAGACCUUUCAUGUGUAUGCAAUUGAGGCUGAUAAAACGUUUCAUCAGGAGUAUGAAACGAAAAAGGGUGUUACUUUGUUGCCUUAUGCUGCAUGGGUGAGGAAUGAGAGUUUGGUGUUUGAGAUUAACCGCGACCCGGGGGAGAAGGAGAAGGAGAAGGAGAAGGAGAAGGUUAAGGGUAAGGGAAGGGGAAUGGGGAGGAUUCAACCAUUGAAAUCUUCAGGUGGUUUUGAUGGUGGUGAGGUUGAGAAGAUUCCUGGGUUCGAUUUCGCAGACUGGUUGAAGAACACGGUUUCGGAGAAUGAUUUCGUUGUGAUGAAGAUGGAUGUGGAGGGUACUGAGUUUGAUUUGAUUCCAAGAUUGUUUGAAACUGGGGCUAUCUGUUUGGUGGAUGAGAUUUUUCUUGAGUGCCAUUACAAUAGGUGGCAGAGGUGUUGCCCUGGACAGAGGAGCCCCAAGUAUGAGAAAACUUAUGAUCAGUGCUUGCAGCUCUUCACUUCUCUCAGACAAAGUGGAGUUCUUGUUCAUCAAUGGUUUUAAUUAACUUUGUAGAAUUGCCUGAUGGAUGAUGGGUCAAACCCUAUAUGCAUGUUCUUAGCUUCUGCAUGUUUCUUCUUUUUAGUUUUCUUAUUUUUUUCCCAAGCCAAUAGAGAAGAGAGAGAGUGAGAGUGAGAGUUCUUUAUUUUUUAAAAUUUCUCUACUUGUAACAGUUGCAACUGAAAGUGAAAAUUAAAACCAUCCCUUUACAACAAUUGUAUUUGUUACACAUUUCUCUUGUUUUUAUCUGUGUACAUAUAUAGCAGAGGAUACUUUGAAGUCUAA